CUUCUCAAUUUCACAGAGAAUCACUCGAUCAGGGACGGGGAAGAAGAAGCUCAGAGAGAGAAAACCAGAGCACAGAGGGAGGAGAGAGAGGGAGGCGGAGAAGCAUGGGCGUGGACUACUACAGGGUUCUCCAGGUGGACCGCAACGCCAAGGACGACGACCUGAAGAAGGCGUAUCGGAAGCUCGCCAUGAAGUGGCAUCCCGACAAGAACCCCAACAACAAGAAGGACGCCGAGGCCAAAUUCAAGCAAAUCUCCGAAGCUUACGAUGUUUUGAGCGAUCCGCAAAAGAGAGUGGUCUAUGAUCAGUACGGUGAAGAGGGGUUGAAGGGUCAGUUCCCGCCGCCGGGCGCCGGUGGGUUCUCGGAAGCCGCUGCCGGCGGCCCCACGUCCUUCCGCUUCAACCCAAGGAGCGCUGAUGACAUUUUCUCGGAGUUCUUCGGGUUCACGAGCCCAUUUGGCGACAUUGGUGGGUCGCGAGCAGGCGCGUCAGGUUUCCCGAGAGGCAUGUUCGGGGAAGAUAUCUUUACGUCGUUGCGCGGCGGCGGUGGAGAAGGUUCAGUGCCGCGAAAAGCCCCACCAAUUGAGAGGACAUUGCCUUGUAGUUUGGAGGAUCUGUAUAAAGGGACCACCAAGAAGAUGAAGAUAUCAAGAGAUGUAAUGGAUAGUUCCGGGAGACCUACCACAGUAGAGGAAAUUCUUACUAUCGAGAUUAAGCCGGGUUGGAAGAAAGGAACUAAGAUCACAUUCCCAGAGAAGGGAAAUGAGCAGCGGGGCAUUAUACCCUCGGAUCUUGUCUUUAUUAUUGAUGAGAAGCCUCAUGGUGUCUUCAAGAGGGACGGAAACGAUCUUGUUGUUACCCAGAAGAUUUCCUUGGUGGAAGCACUUACUGGAUACACAGCACAGAUCACAACGCUUGAUGGCCGAGAUCUCACUGUUCCAAUUAACUCCGUGAUAGGUCCUACAUACGAAGAAGUCGUUAAAGGGGAAGGCAUGCCCAUCCCUAAAGAACCUUCCAGGAAGGGGAACUUGAGGAUAAAGUUCAAUAUUAAGUUCCCUACGAGGCUUACAUCCGAGCAGAAAGCUGGUAUCAAGAAAUUGUUAACAUCGUCAUAAAGUACCAGUGGUAAGCCCUCCCUACCAUCUGUGAAGAUCAGUGUAACCCGUCUUCAUUUGUUUUUUUGUCUUUUUUUUUUUUUUUUUUUUAAGUUAGAUUAUGCUGGAAAGGUUUGGUGCCAUGCAUGGAUGGCGCGAAUUCUGCCAAAAAAGUGUUGGGAAGUCUUGGUGGUAAUUGUCAUCUGUUAUUCACCAUCUUCAUUCUUCUUUUAAGCUUUCAAACUUGAUUGUGCAGUUGUCUUGUUCAAACCGGACACCUCUUUCGCUUUCGAAAUGCAGAGAAGUGGAUGAGAUGAAUGUAAGACGUUCAGGUUUAAGUGCAACCCAUGAUUUCUGGAAGG